UGGGGGCGGUGGAACUAAUUGUUACUGCUUAUAAACUUCUUCAUCCUGCGGUGUUCACUUGCUUCAACGUUCUCUCGAAGUCGGACUAGUCAGAGAUGAAUCCAAAAGGAAUUCAGGGAACCCAUUCCCCAAGGAACUGUGGAGGUGUCUUCAUAUUGAUGACUAUUCUCCUGUCCGGGUGUACCGCACAACCUGAAGAAUACGACUUCAUCAUCGUGGGAGGUGGGGCAGCGGGGUGCCUACUGGCUGACCGACUGUCCGAAGUCAGCGAGUGGAAUGUGCUCCUGAUAGAAGCAGGUGGCGAAGAGAACUUUCUGCAGGACAUCCCCGCGUUAGCGUCACUGUCCUAUUACACACCGGCAAACUGGGGUUACAAGACAGAGAAGUCUUCCACGGCGUGUCUCGGCCUAAUAGAUGGCCGGUGUAACUGGCCACGUGGCAAAGUCCUAGGUGGCACUACUGUUCUCAAUUACAUGGUGUACACCAGAGGCAACCGAAAGGAUUACGACGGUUGGAAGACACAAGGAUGUGAAGGUUGGGGAUAUGACGACGUCUUACCAUAUUUCCUCCGGUCUGAAAACAUGCGCAUUCCCACGUUGGCUAACGACAAGAAAUAUCACUCCACGGAGGGAGAACUAUUUAUCACCCGGCCACCAUAUCACACUCAGAUUGCUUCCGACUUCGUUGAAGCAGGUCCUCAAGCUGGCUACAAAGACAUUGACUACAAUGCCGCAACUCAAAUAGGUUUCUCCUUCCUGCAGGCAACCAUGAAGAACGGAGAGCGGAUGAGUUCGAAUCGUGCGUUCUUGAAACCUGCAAGACAGAGGAAGAACCUGCACGUUGUCAAUAGGAGCCUCGUCACCAAAAUCCUUAUUGACCCGCAAAAUAAAACGGCUUACGGUGUAGAAUAUAAAUAUCUUGGGAUAUUUAAGACGGAAGCUGUUGCCAGAAAGGAAGUGAUUCUGUCUGCAGGAGCCAUAAACUCUCCACAGCUUUUAAUGCUGUCAGGGAUCGGCCCUAAAGAACAUCUGCAGAAAGUGGGGGUUCCUGUGAUACAGGACCUAAGAGUUGGCUUCAACCUACAGGAUCACAUUUCACUUGGAACUCUUUUCUUCACUGCAAACUCCUCGGUCACUGCGAGAUUUGACAAUAUUCCUGGUGAUGCUGUCAGUCUUCUUCAAUACCUCUUCACCAGGAAUGGGACACUUACAAUGCCAGGAGCCAUUGAAGCACUAGCCUUCCUGGAUAUAGAUGACAGCGACGGUCUUCCAGAGAUAGAAUUAAUUUUUGCAGGAACUACUGUGGCAUCACUUUUGCCUGUUUGGUUUGCCUGGGGCGGAAAACUUGAAAUAUAUGCCCCUUACAUGUCUUUAGCAAUUCAAAAUGCUUUCAGCAUAUUUCCCAUUCUUCUGCACCCUAAGAGUCGCGGCUGGUUGACCCUCAAGGACAAAAACCCCGAAACGAAACCUCUUUUGUACCACAAUUAUCUGACUGAAAAGCAGGAUGUGGAAAUCCUCGUAAAGGGAAUCAAACGAGCUAUCCAACUAAUCGACACCGAAGCCUUUCAGAGGCAUGGUGUAAAACUGUACACGGUGCCGCUACCCCCGUGCAAGAGUCACGAGUUCGGCUCUGAUGCAUACUGGGAAUGUUCGAUAAGAUAUAUGACGUUCACCGUGUGGCACCAAUGUGGAACAUGCAAAAUGGGCCCUGACUCCGACCCCGAUGCCGUCGUGGAUCCUCAGUUAAAGGUGCGAGGAAUUCGGCACCUCCGCGUCGUGGACACUUCCAUCAUACCCGUCAUUCCGGCGGCUCACUUGACUGCUCCAGCUUACAUGAUUGCUGAAAAAGCAGCUGAUAUGAUCAAGCAGGAAUGGAAGGCUAACGCAUGAAUUCCAAAUACUGACAGUUCAGCGAGGAAGGCAACUAAAUAAUAUUCUGAAAAUGAAGAUGUUUUCCUACGUUUGUGAUCAAGUAUUGCCGGUGAUGGAGAUAUUGAGCUGUGCUACAAUUUUGGAAAUCCUUCCCUAUUUGAUGCUGCUGACUUUGUGAAGAAACCUCACCGAAUUUAUUCGCAGUAAAGACAUGAAACUUAGCUUUCAAGUUUUUUUCAUCAUCGUUGAUAAACAUCAUUAUUUCGACCAUUCUUGGUAAAGUGAAUUAAACAAGCAUAAAUUUUUUGUUAGUUACGUUUGGUGUGGUACUUGCAAUGAACAUUUUGCUCUUUCCUGUAAAUGCACCAAGUCAUAAUGCAAUGGUAAGGUGAAUUAAACAAGCAUAAAUUUUUUGUUAGUUACGUUUGGUGUGGUACUUGCAAUGAACACUUUGCUCUUUUCUGUAAAUGCACCAAGUCAUAAUGCAAUACCUCAGGUUGCCUACAUAACACUUGCUUCAUCAACACACAAAUAUCAGACAUGGAACUUCGUAUCUAGUUCUGUCAAAUAUCUGUGGCUCCUGAUACAGUAACAAAUCUAAGAAUGUACAAUAUUUGUCUGCAAUUUCUUCACUUUUGGUUCAUGUAACAGAUGCUCCUACUUCAUCUUCCCGUCGCUGUGACAAAGCAACAGGCGUAUCACCAUCUAGGGAGUUUUGUAUGUUAACCACAUGUUUAGUGUCCUUGCUGGUAUUUUGGUACAUUUGAUACUGAGUGUGUACUAUGAUAUAUAAGUCUUAAUUCAUUAUAUAAACUUCACAUAGACUGUAUAUUCUUAUGCAAAUAAAUGUUUUAAUCUGUCCGGCAUUAAGAAAGUUUUUUAAAGUUAUUAUUGAGAAAAUAACAAUGUAAAACACACA